UUUAAAUUUUUGCACCGAUCUCACUAUUUUUUGUUGGGCCAUAGUUCUCGACUUACGAAAUAAAUUUAAAAAUUACCAAAAAAGUUUAUUUACCGAAAAUCGAAUUCUUACGUCGGUGGAUUUCUUAGCUUCUACAGCAUCAAUGGAGUGUUAAUCAAUCCCCAAGUUCCACCUCUAGUGGCUUAAAACAUUCUUAAUACCAGAAGGAAUCUAGGAAUAGACAAAUGAAUUUGGUGCAAAGAAAAAGAUGGUGCUUACUUUGUUAAUUCUGGAUACCGAGUCGCUUUUGGCUUCUUCCAUCCACCGAUUGGUUUUCUCUCAAAAGUCUUGAAGCAGAAAACAUUAUGGAGAUCAAUAUGGUUAAUUAAAGCCCCAGCCAAGACCAAGCUUUUUGUGUGGCGAGCUAUCCAUGAAGUUCCAUCAUUCCAUAACCAUUUCAAGAACCAGAAAGAUGGAAGGAAAAGAAACCGACAACAUUUCUUCAUUACCCGAAGAGCUUCUCCUUAACAUUCUUUCCUCGCUUCCUUUCAAAGAAGCAGCGAAAACAUGUAUCCUCUCCAAGAAGUGGUUGAAGAUGUGGCAAUCUACCAACACAGUGAAGAACAACCAACUUGAUUGCAAGAACAUAGAAACUUAUGGGGCCGUUGAAGUACGGCAAAGGAAGGCUUUCAAGAACUUCAUCAAGAUCUGGAUCACAUUGCACAAAUGCUACCAUCUCCACGAUAAAUUCACCCUCAGGGUUUCUCCUCCUUCAAACUGUGGUGACAUCGUUGGAGCUUAUGUCGAUUUCGCUGUAGAGGAUGGCGUGAAAGAUUUGGAACUUGAUUUUGCUGAAUUGCGGUCGGAGGACGAACAUCCUGAAGAAAAUAUCCACGAUGCGGUUGAAUUUCCGAGAGGCCUUUAUGAUAACAAGAAACUGCACCAGAAGCUCGAGAGUUUGAAACUGCACUCGUGCAGUUUCGCGCCUGGAAAUUUCGCCAAGUUUGUGGCACUGAAAGAUGUGACUCUUGCUUGGAUUCCGUUGAAAUUGGAAUCGAUUAGGACGCUGUUAUCCACGUGCGAGUGGAUGGAGAGUUUGAGCCUGAAGAACUGUUGGGAUAUUGAAUCCUUUGAUCUAGAGAAAUUGGAAUUGAAGAAGUUGGUGAUUGAUAGGUGCAUAAUUCGAAUGAAUUAUAUCGGUUUUGAGGCGCCAAAUUUGAAGGUUUUCAAGUACUGUGGUUCGGAGCCGCCGUUGUCUGAAGUGAAUGUGGUAGCUGGCACCAUAGAAGAGGCAGAUCUUGAUUUAAGCCCCAUGGAUGAGUUCGAUGAAUGUGGCAACGAACUUCAGAAUUUUCUUCAAGAUUUCUUUGCGGUCAAUGUUCUUACAGUUUGCAGCGUGAUUCUUCAGGUGAUCCCUUGGGGAGAUGAACCGGUGAGGCUACCAGGGGAUUUGAGGGUGAGACACUUGAAGAUGAAAAUCCAAAUGCAUCCCCAAGAAUUUUGCGGAUUCUUUUGGUUUCUCAACAGUUGUCCUAGAUUGACCAAAGUUACAAUAGACCUUGACAGCUGCAAUAUCCUUUCCGAAUAUGAAGCCCCUUAUGGUGUGGAUCUUAAGAAUGUCAGGAACAGUUUGCCAGUGCCAACUUGCUUUAGAAAGAGCCUCAGGGAAGUGGAAAUGAAUGGGUUUAUAGCAACAAGCAGCCAACUCUAUGCAUGCUCCUAUUUCAUCAGAGCUGCUUCAAUUUUGACGAAGCUCAGCAUCAGCUUUUUGAAUAACAAGAAUGAUGAUCCUCACACGGUGGAGCUGCGUCGUAGUUUAGCAGCGCGAUUGUCGCAUAUUCCAAAGGCUUCAAGUGAUUUGGCCAUAAUAAUUCGUUGACUGUUAUUAUGGUUGGGAGAAAACUCUUUGUUAAUAGAUAAUAGAGAUCCAGUAUAUGGUUAAGAAGUGCACUGAUAAAGAUGUCUUUACAGUGAUUUUUUUCCCCCUAAUAACUACCGAUGCACUCUAGAUGUAUCCUAUGAAAUUUUAAUAUAAUAUUUGGUAGUUUGUGUUGUGA